AUGACCUCGCUCAACCUUUCCAUCAACGGGCCCUCCAUCCGGAGCAGCUACGACUCUGUCAUCAAGGCACCCAAUUCGACCUCCAGCUCCCCCACCGACGUUCGUUGGGCCCUCUUUUCUGUCCAGGCACCCCUCGCCAAUGCCUUCCAAGACUCGGGCAACAAAGAGAGCGUCCUCAAGGUCGACGGCACCGGGUCCGGUGAGCUUGACGAGCUCAUUGAAGACUUCAGCGAAGGCCGCAUCCAGUUUGCGUUUGUCCGCGUCAAGGAUCCCAACUCCGGCCUGCCCAAAAAUGUUCUCAUUGCUUGGUGCGGUGGCGGCGUCCCCGAGCGCACAAAGGGCUAUUUCACGAGCCACCUCGCUGCCGUGUCCAAGGUCCUCCACGGCUACCACGUCCAGAUCACCGCCCGCUCCCAAGACGACCUCGAGAUCGACAGCAUCAUGAAGAAGGUUUCCGACGCCUCCGGGGCCAAAUACUCGGCCGGCAGUUCCGGCGAUGCCGGGCCCCGCGCCGCACCGCCCCCGCUGGCCAAGAAGCCCGUGUUUGGCCCGACCAGCAGCUCGUCCGCAGCCCAUGCGCCACUCGUUGCCGCCCGCAACCGGCGGCAGGAAAAUGUCGACGCCGACGGCUGGGGUGACGACGCCCCGCCCGUCACCCGUACCCAGAUUGAGAAGGUCGAGUCCGCAUACAAGCCUGUCAAGGUCAACAUGGCGGAGCUCACCAAGCAGAGCCAGCCCCAGCCCCCUCGGGCUGGUGGUGGUGGCGCUGCUGCAAGCCACAGCAACGACAAUCCUGACGUCAUUGGCGGCGGGUACAAGCCUGUCGGCAAGGUCGACAUUGCUGCCAUCCGCGCCGCCGCAAAAGUAUCCCGCGACGACCGCCCGACCAUUGUAAAGGGCGCCUACGAGCCUGUUGGUAAGGUGGACAUUGCUGCCAUUCGUGCCAAGGCCCAGCGCCCGACCGACGACGACAGCAGCGCCCGCCCCUCGCCCCCUCCUCCCUCUGCGCCGGCCGACGACGAGCCGGAGCCACCCAAGAGCCUCGCCGCCCGCACCGCAAUGCUCACGCCGUCCGAAUCCGAUCGCCUGACCUCCCUUCCUAAGCCCAAGAUAGCCAAUAGAUUCGGCGGCGCCCCUGCCUUCUCCGGUACGAAGGCUCCGAUUCCCGGCAGCGGCAGCCUCGGCCUUGGCGCGCCCCGUCCCCCCAAGCCCCCUCCGGUUGGCUCGGCCAGCCGCACAUUCGCCGACCAGGGCGGUAAAACGCCCGCACAGAUCUGGGCGGAGAAGAAGGCCCAAGGAGGUUCCGGUGCUGCGAACCUAGCACCGUCCGGUGUCACAUCCCCGCCUCAGGUGGUGUCGCCUCUGGGUGCACAGAAGAGCGGUGGCGAGUGGAAGAGCGGGUACAAGGGCAAAAGCUGGGGCGCUGUGCAGACGACCAACUUUGGCCGUGGGGGUGCCGUUACCGAGCAGCGCACUGGUGGGUCGGUGGACGCCAAGUCCCAGGACGAGCCGCCCAGCUCGCCUGGUGGUGGCGUCUCGGCGCUGCGAGACCGCUUCAAGGGUGCCCAGCCCAUGGGCCAGCCGGCUCCUUCGGCCCCCGCUAUUCCUACGCACACUGGCGACAACAGCAGCCGUGGCUUCGACAACAACAACGAUGAUGAUGACGACUCGGCCCCGCCCCCGCCUAUUCCCUCUGCCUCCCGGCCUCCUGGUGCCUUCCAGCUGCCUGGCUUGCCAUCACGGCCACCGCCGCCGACGGACGAAGACGAGGAGGAAGAGGAGUCCCACGAGCGUGAACAGUCGCCUGUCCGCCUGGCCGUCCCUGUUGCUCGUGCGCAGGAACCGGAGCCAGAGCCAGAGCCCGAGCCCGAGCAAGAAGAGGAGCCUGCGCCCCCCGUCCCCGUCGCACCACGGCCUGUUCCCCCGCCGGUGCACGACGAGCCCGAACCGGAGCCUGAGCCGGCGUAUGAGCCCGAACCUGAACCGGCUGCUGCCCAUGCUGGCGGUUCCGGCGGCAGUGGCCAGCGUGCGCUGGUCCAGUACGACUACGAAAAGGCCGAGGACAACGAGAUUGAGCUGGUCGAGGGCCAGUACGUCACCAACAUUGAACAGGUCGACGAGGAUUGGUGGAUGGGCACCAACGAGCACGGCGAGACUGGUCUGUUCCCUAGCAACUACGUCGAGCUCGUGGACGACGACGCGGCUCCUGCCCAUCACGACCCCACACCUGCAACGGCGACGCACGUCCCACCGCCGCCACCAGCCGAGGAGCCGGAGCACGAGGAAACGGGCGGCAAGAACCUGCCGUGGGCCUAUGCCCAGUACGACUACGAGGCUGGCGAAGACAAUGAGCUGAGCUUCCCUGAAGGCGCCAAGGUGACGGACAUUGAGUUCCCCGACGACGACUGGUGGUUUGGCCACUACCAGGGCCAGUCGGGUCUCUUCCCGUCCAACUAUGUCGAGCUGCAGCAGCACUAG